AUGGAAAGGCAGGGGCCGCGGCCACAACAUGGCGGCGCCGCCCGCGGCCUCCCGACCCCCGCCCAGCCCGCGGCCGCAGCCUCCCGCCGCCCGCCGGGCCACCGCGCCCCCCGGGCAGGGCGGGGCGGCGCGGGGGGCCCCGGCCUCGACCCCGACUCCGACUGCUCCGCCCGGCCCGGCCUCGGCCUCUUCGCGGAGGCGCCUCAGCCGGAGCCGGAGGAGGAGGAAGUGGAGGAGGCGUCGAGAGGCUCCGGCCUCCGGGGGCCUGAGCUCCGCGGGCAGCGGCGGGAGGGCGGCGAGGAGCCCGGCGGCCAAGGCCAGAGCCAGGGCCUCGGGUACAGCGCCGGCCCGAGUGCGGGCGGCCCGAGGAAAGCCGAGGAGAGUCAGGAGUUCUUUGUGCUGUUUAACAUCGUCGGGGACCCGGACGUGGACUUCUCCCUGAAGGGAACCUGCUCCUCCGACGAGGGACCCGGACCCGGAACCGCCGCCAAAGCCGCCGUCGCCUCCUCCUCCGUCUCCGCCGCCGCCGCCGACUACCCGGAUCCCGGCAGCGGAGCCGCGGACAAGAUCUACUACUUCGGCCCUUUUUCCGACGAGAGCGGUCUGGAGAAGCUGGAGGAGGCCGAGGAGAAGCCUCGGGCUCGAUUCGGGGCCGCCCGCCGCUCGGACGGCCAGAGCGUCGGCUUGCUGUGCUGCGCGCCCGAGGCCGAGACCGAGGCCGAGCCCGAGCCUCGGGGACAGGCCCUCCCGGGGCCGGAGUAUCGGCCGCCGGCGGACGCGAACUGCCAGGCCGGGGCGGAGGACGGCCUGACGGGAGGCCCCGGCAGCCCGGAGGCAGCGGCUGACCUGGCGGGUCAGGGCACGUUUGCGGGCACCAUCACCAUCAACAACAAGAACCUGAUCGUCAGGAUCGAGAACGGGGUCCUGACCUUGGCCGCCCCGGGGGGAGACGACGGGGACGACCGGGGAGACGGCUGCCACGUCAAAGGAGAAGGCAGCAACGGUGUCGCCAAAGGCGCUGGCGGUGCCCUUUCACUCUCCGGCGGCAUCAACAACAACAACAACAGCAGCAGCAGCAGCAGCAGCGACGACAACAACAACAACAACAACAACAUGGUCGUGGUUCACUACCACAACUCGGAGAAGCCCCCCGAAUGCCACAGGGCGUGCGCGUCCGCGGCGGAGGGCGGCGGCUCGGCCGAGCUCCGAGCCAGCGAGCCCGGGCUGACGGCGGUAGACGGGGAGCCGUCGGCCUACCCGGACCCUCGCUCGGCGUCGGCCUCCGGCGGGGCGUCCCGCAAGGAUUUCGAGGGCGGCCCCCUGAGCAGCGGCGCCGGAAGCAGUAUCGGUAUCUGCCCCGAAUCGGGAACGGCGUCGUUCGGGAACUUCAUCAUAACAGAAAGCGGGGACGUUCUGAUGAAGCUGUCGGAAAACCUCGGCAUCGGGAAGAAGGGACCCGGUGAGAUGUAUCACUGUCCGGAACAGAGCUGCGACGAGGUGUUUGACAAGAAACACAAACUUAAAGUGCACCUCUUAUCGCACACCGAGAGGCCGUUUAAAUGCACCAUCGAGGGUUGCGAGUGGUCGUUCACUACGUCUUACAAACUAAAAAGACACCAGCAAUCCCACGUCAAACUGAGACCUUUCACCUGUGAGGUGGCGGGUUGUGGGAAGAAGUUCACCACUGUUUACAAUCUGAAGGCGCACACCAAGGCGCACGUGCAGGAGAAUUCCUUCGUGUGCGAGGUGUGUUCUGAACCCUUUUCCACAGCCGUCAAACUCAGUAGUCAUCAGAGAACACAUUUUGAACCACAGCGGCCGUAUAAGUGUGAUUUCCCUGGCUGUGAGAAAACAUUUAUUACCAUCAGCGCCUUAGGCUCCCAUAACCGUUCUCAUUUUAGGGAACAGGAACAUUUCACCUGCUCUUUCCCUGGCUGUGACAAACGUUAUGACAAAGCCUGCCGUCUAAAGAUUCACAUGAGAAGCCACACAGGUGAAAGGCCUUUUAUAUGUGACUUUGAUGGCUGUGGCUGGUCUUUCACAUGUAUGUCAAAAUUACUGCGCCACAAAAGGACACACGAAGACGAUAGGCGAUUUGUUUGCCUGGUGGAUGAUUGUGGAAAAUCUUUCACGAGAGCAGAACACCUGAAAGGGCACAGCAUCACUCAUCUGGGUACCAGACCAUUUGUUUGUCCUGUAGAAGGUUGUGAAGCUAAAUUCUCAGCACGAAGCAGUUUGUAUAUUCAUGCCAAGAAACAUUUAGAGGAGGAUUACAAGAAAACACGCUGUCCCCUCACAAACUGUAACAAGGUCUUCAACUCAAAGCACAGCAUAAAAACCCACAUGAUGAAGCAGCACAAUAUCAGCCCCGAUCUGUUCUCUCAGUUGGAAAUGACUGGUUCCUUAACCCCAAGCAAUGAACUGACCAGUUCAAGUCAGGGUGACCUCAGCAGCCUGGACAUUGCUUCUCUGUUUAGUGGUGUACCUGUUAACCCUGUUGGUAUCUCGUCAGACAUGUCACUAGUGAGCUCAGGAAUUCUAACAAUUGAUGCUGCUUCUGUAGGCUCUACACUUGGUGGAACAGUAUCUGUUAAUAACAGCAGCAUGGGACAGACUAUAGACCCUCUCAUUGUCGCUGCCACAGAUAUGUCGCAUGCCAUAGACAGCACUCUGGGGCUCACUAAUGGUGGCCCAGUACUGCAACACAGCACUUUAAGUUUGGAUGGCGUUCAGACAGUUAAUACAGAGGCAUUGGGAUCCUUGGCCUCCCUGUCAAUAAGGACUCCAAGCAGUUGUCAGGACCUGCACAGCCUGUCGUCGGGCAGUGCUUUAACCGUCGACACGGCCACCCUUACUCCUUCGAGCAGUUUGGGGAACAGCCACGUUCCAGAGCUACUGACUCCAACGAAAGUAGACAGACACGUGCUGAACGUUUCCGAUGUGAUGAGCCAGCAAGAGGGUAGCAAGGUGGUGACGCAGUUUGUCUUCUCAAAUUUAAACACCCCAACUGGUAGCUUCAGUGCACAGAAAGAGCUGGAAUUGAACAUGGUGUCUGGCUGUUCGUUUUUGGAAAGUGGGGGAUCAGCAAGGACGGACUAUAGAGCUAUUCAGCUUGCUAAGAAAAGGAAACAGAAAACAGGAAACAGUCUGGGUCCAGGGAAUUGUAGCUGUACCCAAAGGAAAAAAACUAGCAAGGUAACCUCUGCAAGUCAUAGUCGCUUUGGUAAUGUUAUAAUGCCGACUGGCGGACUGACAAUCCGGGACCCAACCACUGGGACACAUUAUGUCCAGACCCAACUAUUGCAGGAUGAUCCGUCAGGAGAUGGGGAUCUUGCCUUCCAGCUUACUACACAAUCAUCAACAUCCCAUUCACAGCUCACGGCUGACCUCCCCGUCAAUAUCCUUCAGGAAUCUCAUCCAUCAACUGAAGAUGAUGGUGGCAGCAGCUCCCAGUUCACUAGCAGCACUAUAAACCUACAGGACUUGGAGUAAUGGAUCAAAAAAAAAUGCACUUGAAUGAACUUGUACUGUCCACAGGGCUCAUCCAGAAUAGGAAGUGUGAGGAGAGUUCAUGCUUCAGCAAUCCAUUAAUGGUUAGAUAAUCUUCAGAUUGUGUUUAGCAUCAUCUAUGUCAGUCAGAAAACGGUUUUCUUACAGGGCAUGUGGCUGAAAUUCAGCAACUGGGGAAUGUACAGUUUGAAUAAUAACAAAGCCUUUGAUGAGAUUUUGAUAUUGUUUAACUUAAUAAAUAAGAUGGCAGUUGCAGAGAUUGCCGUAGCAAAUGUAGAAAAUAUCAAUUCAGAGAUUAAGUAUUAUUCGCCAUCGGGUUAAAAACGUGCUGUUUCAAAUUGAAGAUUGCUGGGACAAUGGGAAGGGCCAAUGUUUUUCCUCAUGAAGAUGAAGUGCAUAUUACUGCAUACAUAUUGUUGCAAAUUCAUCAUAUGCAUUCACUGAAACUUUCUCAGAAUACAUUUGAUCUGAAACUUUCUCUGAAUAAAGUUGUUGAUUUUGUGAUCAAACCAACCGCAGCUCUAACAGUAAUUACCUCUAUAGGCCUGGCAGCUCGUAGAACACUUGUGGCUCACAAUAAUGAAUGCAAAUUCUAACUCACUAUCGGUUGUUUGAAUGCCCCAGCCCAUUGGCUUUAAAAUAAGUGCUACAAAAAGUCAACUGAACGUCAAUUGCAUCUUGAGAAGAUUUUUAAUGAAGGCUGAGGAUGAACGGCCAAAAUCUGGCAUCUGGUGUAAAGCCAGUUUUAGUUACAGAAGCUUAACUGCAGGUAUGCAGACCUGAAGUGAAACUUCUGUAACUAAAAUUGCUGCCCACAUCGUGGAGAAAUGCAGUCCAUUGCAGCUAACGUUAACAGUCACAGCACGUUCAUCAUGCAGACUGUUCAAUAGUUAGAUUAGGGAUUUUGAAAGAAGGAAUCUGCAUGAACUCCGUGUUCAAUUUGUAGUCCUUUAAAUGGAGUCAAAAUGACAAGAUUAGUGCAGUAUUCUAACCUUAUAUAUCUUGAGUUAUUUUGACAGGCUUUCCACUGGAUGGCUUCGGAUCCACUUUUAGAGUAGGUAGAUUGAAGGUGAAAUAAUCCUUUCAUUUGCAUUUGGUAUGCUAAAUAAACAUGGUUACUAGCUGGUGAGUCAGGGUUCUGAUAGGUUAUUUGAAGACUAAUUAAACACACGUAUGUUUGAUUGCUGCCAUUUCUGCAACAAACGAUGAAAGCAAAAUUUUCUUCAAAUGAUCCAAUAAUAGCAAAUCUCACCUGGUCCUUUCUUACGAAAGUUUAAAUAUUGUAUAUUUAAAAAUGUGAUUUUAUAUUAAACAGUAUGUAUAUUUUAUUUAUUUGUUUUGUACACCUCAAAAAAGAAUAUGGGGGGAGGGGGGAGAAAAUUGCUUUGUGAAGAGAAUUUGACUUAGCAGAUAUUGAUGGCAUUUGUAAGUUUCUAUUUGGAAGGUACAUAUUGACAAUGUAAUCCUUUAUGCUAAAUGUAAAACUGAUGGAACAACUUUUUCUAAAUAUUGUGUACUUGCUAAAAUAUUAAAUAACUUUGAUGAGGAAGAAUGGGUUGUUUAAACUUUUCACAAUUUAAAUGGAUAAGGAAAUAGAAAUAAUCUGUCAAUGGAUAAUCGAGGGUUCUUUAUUCUAGCUGUAAAGACCACUGGAGUUUCAACUAAAUUUCUUCCCUCCUGUUUGGCUGUACAUUCUGUAAAUUACCACCAAUAUUGAAGUUUUUAACAAUAACAUUGAAGAAACAAAUCUGGAAACUGAGUGGUCAUCGCCAAUAAGGAUUAUUAUAAGUUCGACCUCACCUUGUUGGGGAAGGGCACAGGGUUAUAACAACUGCAGUUUUGGUUUGCAAAUGUACUUACGAACAACAUUAAAUGUGCCGCUCCAGUUUUGUUUUCCUA